AUGUCGCGCUUCGGAGCGAAAAAGGGAAACCGUGCGCCCGGCGCCGAGUUUACUUGGGAUGCAGACCCUGGGGGCGUGCCGGACACUGCUCCCACUCCGCUAUAUCCGUCCUAUGUCGUUCCCCACGCGCGCAAGCUCUCGGAGAAGGAGCAGAAGGAAGUAGACUAUUACCGACAUUUGCGUGAAAAGUUCCACGAGGGCCCUUAUUACUCGGUCCUCGAUGUAUCCUCUUCAAACGCCAAGAAGGGCAGCGCGGCUCGCGCCAAUUUCGAUCCUUUCCACGGCAUGCCCUCAUACUCCGGACGGUAUCAGAAGAAGAGAAGGACAAUCCCGAAAAUUGCGAACAUUGGCCGCGACUAUGAGACGCGAUUCUUCCCUCGCGAGUUAUGGCAGACCAUCAUGCCCAAUUUUCGUCCCAAUGCUUCAAUUGAUGGGUACCAUGCGCAGACUGCUCUGUCGGGUAUGAAGCGAGGCUUUGAGGACGACGAGGACGAAGAAGAUGAGGCUGCCAAGCGUCGCGCGACUGGAGCAGAUGGAGAUGACGGCGACGGAGAAGGCAACGAGGACGAAUUGUUGGAUGGUGACGAGGAUGCCGAAGAGGAGAUUGUGGAUGAUGAUUUCGAAGACGAUGACGAUGAUAUGGGCGGAGACUACAAUGCAGAACAAUACUUCGACGGUGGUGACGAUGAGUAUGGAGACGACGGCUUUGGCGAUGGUGGAGGUGGUGGCGGCGGCGACGAGGACACCUACUGA